UUUUCAGGGUGUGUAUCAGAACUGCUAGUACCGUACUUGUGCGCGCACAGGGUUUUAUCAAACGUACGAUAUAAGUAUUUCUUUAUCCGGUUUUUGCUAAUUCAUUCAGUGAGGAACUUCGUCUGUCUUCGAACAGCGACCCUGCCGCGGAUGAAUUUUAGGGAACGUGUACAUGAUUCAUCGUGAACUGUUUUAUUGUAACCAAAAUGGACCCGACCAACCUCGUACAGUUGGAUGAACCGUUCUACACGGCCGAGCAGAUUGUUGUCCCGCCCGAAUUGCCGGAGAUCCUCAAGCAGUUCACGAAAGCGGCGAUAAAAACACAACCACCGGAUCUCCUUGAGUGGGCCAGCAGCUACUUCCGCGCUCGCGCCACUGGACAGCGUCUGCCUAUUAAAGAUCGCCUGGAGCUGAUUCCGGACGAUUAUGAUGAUCUUACGUUAGGUCUGCUCAAGAUCCUCCAUCGUGAGCUUGGGCACAAGAAUGUCGUCAGUCUGGCUGAAAUCCAGGAGCACUGGACCGGAUUGGGACUGGGACCGGAUAAGUUCACCGAGUUGGUGGAUGUGGGAAAUUUCCCCGCCACGGUGGAAUGGCACCGGUUUGUGGUGAUUGCGUGCGGGAAACUCGGCGAGCAAAUCGAAGACAUCUUCAAAAACUUUUGCCUGGUACUAACCAACGAACCCGACGGCAGUAACGCCCUGGUACCCUUCAGCCAGUUCCAGGACGCAUACUCCUUCGUGGCGCAGACCAUCGAGGAGAUCGACGACGCCACCCAGGAUCAUUUUCUUGCUUACAUGAACUCCGUAGCGGAAAAACAGGGCGGGAUGGUCCAUCCCGGCAACAUCACCUACCGUGACGCUCCGCCGAUGGUGGCCGGCCCGCAGUCCAGCCGACAGGGAAAACGCUCGACGAAGCGGUCGAUGAAGGGCAGUGUCGGGCGGUACGGGGAUACGGAAACGUCGGAUUCGUUUACGCAGGGCACUACCAGCAGUGAUUGAGGAAAUUAAUUUUUAGCGUUUUCUGGAUUUGGUGUUGCAACGAGAAUUGGCUAUAGUUAGUGGGCUUAUUGCAUAACGUAGCUGCAGCCUGCAGCAAUAACGCGAAGGAAAAAUUAAUGUCGUAUUUUGUAAUAUAUUUUGAUAGAAUUUAAAUGAACCACGAGUAAUUCUUAUGUUACGGUACAUACAUUGGAGCUACGAACGCUUUAACCAGUGUGUGAAUAA